CAUAGGCCAUAUUGGAGGUGCUACUUUCCAAAUACUCAAGCAAUAAUCUAUGUUGUUGAUUCAAGUGACACUGACAGACUGGUGAUAGCUAAAGAAGAAUUUCAUGCAGUUCUUGAGGAGGAAGAACUAAAAGGUGCAGUUGUUCUCAUUUUUGCCAACAAACAGGACCUUCCUGGUGCCCUUGAUGCUGCUGCAGUGACUGAGGCUUUAGAAUUACACAAGAUCAAAAACCGCCAAUGGUCUAUUUUUAAAGCUUCUGCCAUAAAAGGUGAAGGGCUUUUUGAGGGCCUGGAUUGGUUGAGUAAUGCGCUCAAAUCUGGAGGUGGCUAAGCUUCAAAGAGUCUGAUGAACUUGGACUCGAGAAUUAAAGGAAAAGGUUGACAUAUGCACUCGGUAUGACUUUCACAUGAGCGAUCGAUUUCUUGACACUACGAUGGUCAUUCAUUACUCGUAUACAUGUACUUUAUUAUCUUCCCUAUUUUAUCUACUUGUGGUGAAGCCGUGAAGGUUUGGACAUUGAUCAGUGGUUUAUUUUUGGGCCUCUUAACAUAAAUUCUUUUCUGAUAUGCGUAAUCGACAUUUGUGGAACCGUUACUUAUGCGCUGUUCUGCACCGUAUCCC